UCACCUGCGUCGGAGGGCGAGGUGUACGUAAUUCGCCGGUUCUCCGACUUCGAGUGGCUGCACGACCGUCUGGGCGAUCUGCACAGGGGAGCCAUUGUGCCGCCUCUGCCUGAUAAAAACGUCGUGGAGAAGUUUCGGUUCAGCCGUGAGUUUGUGGAGAGCAGGCGCAGGGGGCUGGAGACGUUUGUACGGCGCGUGGCACGGCACCCCGUGCUGGGCGGCGCGGAGGAGCUGCAGCACUUUCUGAAAGACAGCGAGGACCGAUGGACCAUGGAGAUGCGGAAAACAUCCGAGUCUAAGCUACUGGGGGCCAAGCCCAGCGACUUUCUGAGCCUCUUCUCCAGCGUGCAGACCACUCUGGCGAGUGCUGUGCUGGGGAGGGAGGAGGUGACGGAGGAGGCGGAGACGGAGCGAGUGAGGCGGUAUGCUGACGCCCUUGAGAAGGCCCUUACGGACUGCCAUAGGGACGCGUUGCAGUUCGUGAAGAAGCAGCGAGAGCUAGGGGCAUCAAUGUGCGAGUUUGGAGUGGCGCUGCAGUCGCUGGGGCAGUGGGAGGAGGGGCCGCUGGGGAAGUGCUUCAGUGAGGUUGGCAAUAAGGCGGAUAUUGUGGGCUCAGCCACGCGGAACAAUGCACAAGUGUUUUUAGAGAACCUUGAAGAACCUCUUAGGGAGUAUGUCCGAUUUGUUACUUCGCUUAAGAAAGCCAUCUCAGACCGCUCCCUGGCAUGGCGCAAUCUGAACCAACUCGAGGCAGACGUCAAAGCCAAGAAGGGCAAGCUGCAUAGAGCGCAAGCAACGUCAAUGAAGCAGGAGAAGAUCGAGGAGAUCGAGAAGGAGAUUGCAGAUGUGAGUCGCAAGCUGGAAGAUUCCAAGAAGGAGCACGCUGACGUGGCGCAGCGUCUAGCUGGCGAGCUGCAGCGCUGCCACGUGGAGAUGGCAGCGGAUUUCGACCGCAUGUUCCGGGACUUCCAGGCCGUCCAGGUUCGCAUAAUGCGGCAACCGGACAGUGUGGCAAGAGGCUUCUCACCGCAAGAGUGGUGUCAGGAGUGGUGUGUUGCUGUGUUGCUGGCAGGCACAGUGCAGCGGCGACUUUUGAGACGUCUCAAAAGGAGUCAGGAGUGGUGUGUCGCUGUGUUGCUGGCAGGCACAGUGCAGCAGCGCAGCAGCAUGUGCAAUGCUGCAAAGCCAUAUGAAGCAGUGGAAGUGUGA